CGGAAGUGGAAAUGUCAACAGGUGGUUGUUCGAUCUUCGAUCUUCAGAUAAUUUUCAACCUAAAUCCUUUUCUUCUUGGUAUCAGAAAACUCGACAUUUCAACUGGAGAGCAGUAUAACAGGCUUCCAAUGGAGUUUGUAUCCUAUUUUUGAGUUUCAAAACAUCUAUACAUACACAUGUCAGAAAAGAGAUGGGUGUUGAGUUUUUUAUUCAUGUAAAGAGAAAGUUACCAUCUAAGAAGAAAUGGUUAUCAUCUUCAUUUCUCUUUUUGCUGGUUUGCCAUGUCUUUUGUGUUGAAACUUUGGACUUUGCUAAUCAAAGACACAAUUUGAGAGGAAAACCUGGCCAAGGAUAUUAUAUAGAGGUCGAUAUAGGAACACCUCCUCAAAAGAUAAAUGUCCUAAUAGACACAGGGAGCAGUAAUUUUGCUGUGGCAGCCUCACCUAAUCCAGAUUUAGAUUACUACUUUAUGAGAAAUGGAUCAUCAUCUUAUAAAGAAGUAGGGACAAUGAUAUAUGUCCCUUACACCCAGGGUAACUGGAAAGGUGUACUAGGUACAGAUUUAGUUAAAACCAAGUCUUUGAAUGUUAGUUCUAGAUCCAACAUAGCCUUUAUUACAGAGUCCAGUAACUUCUUCAUCAAUGGUUCUAACUGGCAAGGAAUAUUAGGGCUUGCAUAUGCUGAAAUAUCUAGGCCUGACAAAUCAGUGACACCAUUCUUUGAUUCACUAGUGAGUACAGCUGGAUUGGAUAAUGUCUUCAGUUUACAGCUUUGUGGAUUGGUCUACAAACAAGAUCAGAUGUCAGAUUUAGAAAUGGGAGGAACAUUGACAUUUGGAGGAAAAGACCCUGGACUAUAUAAAGGAGAUAUUUAUUAUACACCAAUACAUAAACAAUGGUAUUACGAUAUUGUUAUCGUGGAUGUAAACGUAGAUGGAAGCAGUUUAAGUCUAGAUUGUAAAGAGUAUAACUUUGACAGAACUAUUGUUGACAGUGGUACAACUAAUCUUCGUCUUCCAUUGAAAGUUUUCUCAGGUGUUGUUUCCAAGGUUAAAAAUUUUGUCCAGAAGAUGCCUGCAGCCCCAUCAGAUCAGUUUUAUAGUGGUCUAUCUCAUAUGUGUUGGAAAACUUCUGCUGUUCCAUAUAGUUCUUUUCCAGUGAUAGCAUUGUCUAUACCAGUAGGUGAUGGUACAAUGUUUGAACUCAAAAUUGCUCCUCAGCAAUAUUUGAGACCUGUUGGUGAAGUGAAUGAUGAAGGAGUGGGCGUUGACUGUUUUAAGUUUGGUAUAUCUAAUUCUACAUCAGGAACAGUAAUAGGGGCAGUAGCUAUGGAAGGUUUUUAUGUUAUAUUUGAUAGAGCCAAUAAAACAAUUGGUUUUGGUGAAUCAUCUUGUCCAGUGAGAGAUGAAACCGCUUUAAAAUCUACCAUUCUUGGUAACAUUCCAUAUAAAGGAAAUUAUAAAGAUUGUGCAUACAACAAAAAAGAACCAGAUACUAAAUCAUUAACAAUAGCAGGUUAUAUAAUGGCUGGACUGACGUGUGUAUGUAUCGUUCCAUUUAUAAUUGUAUUCAUUAAGUGGAAAUGGCAGGAUAGAAUGUUACGUUACAGACAUCAUGACCAAACAGAUUUAAUACAGACUGAUAGAUGAUAUUAAUAACUUUAUAUAGUAGAGAUAAAAAUUAUAGAUACAUUAUACAUCACAGGUAGAUUUUGUUAUUUCCAUCUGUCAAGGGAGUGGAAAAAACCUAAUUGGUUCACUAUGCCCUUCCUCUGGAAGGGACAUGCCACCACUUUUUAUUUCAUCAUUGGAACUUAUAAUACAGUUCCACGGAAAAAUAAGUAAAGCAUUGGUAUUCAUAUUUGUUUAUACCAAAUCUGAUGUUAAAUUUGAUUUGGAAGGAGUUGUCUGCCCACAGUUCAGGUUGAAGUGAGAAAAUCAAAAAUGACCUGAUGUGUAGAUGAGAUUAAUUAAUGGGUGUUUAGUAGGAUGAGAGCUUACACAACUAAUCAUGACAAUCAAUUUUACUCCUUUUAAAAAAUCACUGAUAAGGACAAGAACAGAUAUUGCUUCAAAUAUUAUACUGUGGAAUCAGUUAUUUUUCGUGGAUAUCAGUUUUCGUGGAUUGAGGAACAAUUGUAUUUUUUUGGAUAUUUGAUUUCGUUGUUUUGCUAAAGUGUGCAUACAAGCUUUUGUACUUUGUUGAACAUUUGAAUUCUUGGUUAAACUAUAUCCACAAACUCCACAUAAAUUGAUAUUCCACAUAAAUUGAUAUUCCACGUAAAUUGAUAUUCCACAAAUAAUAAUUAAUCCACAGUACACAGGAAAUGACAAAACAAGAGAAAUGUGCUUCAAUUGCUGUUUUGAUAUUUUCAGAUUUUUAUCCAAAGAAAUCAGUAUUAUGAAAUGACGAAAUGAUUUUUAUGCCCACGCCGUAGCGGAGGGGGCAUUAAGUUUUACCCUUGUCCGUCUGUACGUACGUACGUACGUCCCAAAAUUGGUUUCCAUUCUCUAACUUGAGUUUGCCUCAACCAAAUGUUAUGAAACUUAUACACAAUGCUUAUUAUCACAAAAUACAGAUCAAGUUAGAAUUUUGGUGGGGUCACUUUAACCAUUCUCGAGUUAUGCCCCAUUAUAAAUUGAAAAAUUAAAAAAAUUUAGUUUCCGUUCUGUAACUUAAGUUUGCCCCAACCAAACAUUAUGAAACCUAUACACAAUACUUAUUACCACAAAACUCAGAUCAAGUACAAAUUUGGGUAGCAUCACUUUUAUCGUUUUUGAGUUAUGUCCCUUUAUAAUGUUGUAUGCAAGCGGGGGCAUUAUCUGUGUCCAUGGGGACAUAUUCUCCAUUUUUUUGAAAUAUGAAGUUUAUUUGUACAAGGCAUAAAAAGAUAUAGAAAUGGUAAGCUGACCAAUCAUAUCUAUUUCCUGCAGAGUUAUCUUUACUUUUCUUUAUACUGCUAUGCUGUAAGCUAAUCAGAAGAUAAUUUUGGGGUGAAAAUAGUAAUUUAUGGGCACAAAACAUAUGCCCCUCAAAUAUGCAACAUCAUACAAUCUAUAGAAAUACAUUGUUAAUUUCAGAGGCAAGGCAUAAAUUUAUUUAUAGUCAAUAAAGUUGACUGCACUGAUAGCAUUAUAAGUUGCAAUAUAGAUUUAUUUACAUUUUUAUUGACUAAUGAAUGAUUGACUUUGUUGUCAGUAAGUUGUUUAUAUAUUCACUAGUUAAGUGGUUCACAUUUAGGUCAUUUAUUGUUUAUACUUUCACUUGUUAAUUGAAUAUUCACUUUUUCAUUAUUGACAUUCACAUUGUCAACUGUUCAUUAAGAUCAUUUUUAGUUUGCCUUGAGAAUGGUGAAAUAUUCUUUGUAAACACUAACCGGAUUCAUACAUGUCUGGGUUCACUGUAGUGUAUGAAAAUAUCUUAUAUCUAAUCAGGAUUCAGGGGCCUCUGAGGCCGAGUGGUCUAAGAAGCCAAACUUCUAUAUUACUAGCCUGUCAACACUGAGGUUGGGAGUCCGAGUCCUACACAUGGCAGAUGCGUUCAACACCUAUCUUAAUUGACUACAAUUAUCAGUUUUCCUACUGAAGGUCCGGGGUUCUCUCCGGGCACUCAGGCUUUCUCCACCAAUAAAAACUGGUGGCCUUGAAAUAGCCAACAGUGCUGAAAGUGGUGUUAUACCAAUCAAGAAAUCAAUCAAUAUAUUUAAUCAAGGGGAUAUUGAAGCAAAACUUGUAAUCAUAAAUUAAUUUAUGUUAUUUUAUUUUUAAUAUGCUCUUCUUAUUUCCAUGUAUUUUAUACUCUCUUGUGAUGGUGUCUCAUUUUCUUAGUUUGUCAAAGUUUCAAAUUUUUUUUACAAGACCAAAUAUGAAAAUGGGGCCUAUUGAUACUGCAUUCAAUCAUCACCAGCCUCAUCAACAUCUAGUUUCAGUUAAGGGUUUAUUUAGACUUUAAUUACUUUGUCGAACCCUUCAUGGAACUUAUAAAAGAAACUUUGACAAAAGCUUCCUUAUAAUCAAAUGAAUUUAUAUUUAUAUCAUAAAUGCUGAAAAUGUUUAUUAAAGUAACAAUUUUGCAUAUUACUAUAACAAAAUUUAUAUUGGAUAGUAAUUUAAUUAUGUCAUUUUCACUGCCAGAUCUAGUCUAAAAUAGUACCUGCAAUAAUCACAUCGGAGCAUCUAGUCAAAGCUAAUAGAGGAGUAAUAAAAAGUUACAUUUUCUUAAGUCAGAAUUAGAAGGUUCAGAAUGUAGAAUAGAUGGUGAAUUUACUUUAUGAUAUUAAAUAAUUAUUGUUUUGGUCUAAGAGGGUGGUAAAGGGUUAUUUUCGUGCAACGUGUUUUGCCAUUUUUAUUUCACGUGCAUCCGUGAAAAAGGUUCGUUAUUCACCGUGUUUCGUGAAAUCGGUAAAAAGAUCAAUGUGCAAGAAAUUUUUAAUUGUUCGUUCAUCGUGAAAUGGCAAUUUUAUUUCGCGUUCUUCCGUGCAGAUACCCCCCCUUUACGCCCCUCGUCUAAGUUUAUGGAGUGGAAUUUUUUUUAUGCAUUUCGAUUAUAUAGAUUAAUUUUUGUCUCACCUUGCAGAAUACAAAACAUAGUGAUGCUAAUCCAGCAGGUGAUGCUAGUGCAUAAAGCUGAAUAUUUUGAAAAGGUGUUUAACAAAAAUUAUACAUACAUUAUUUUUUUAAAUCUUUUUUAAGAAAUUUAAGUUGUUGCAAUAAGAUUUUGCAUAUAAGAUGAUUAUUUUUUUUCAAUACAAACAAUCAACAAAAAGAAAUCACAUAUUUGAUUUGCUCUAUGUAUGUAUUUUAGUGAAUCAUUUGAGUUCAGAAUCUACCUUAGAAAAGUGCUUUAUUCUUUAAAAUACUGUAAACCAAUUUAUUUUCAAUGAUACUUUUUUUAGGGGGCAUCUAACCCUUUUUACUAAACUUUGCAGCUAUUUUUUUUUUUGUGAUUUUCUUAGGCAUUUUGAUGUUUUUUUUAUAUAAAAAAAAAUCCAUGUUUGUCAUUGUCUCAAAUAUUUAUAUUUUUCUGCUUGCAGAAGUCACUUGAAUAAAUAAAUCACCAAAAUUUGUUGGUUUACAGUAAAAGAUCUAAUGUAUAAUUAUAUGUUGUACAUGAUUUUAGUGCUUCCAUAUUUAUUAAUUUGUUAUAUUAUAUGAAAUAAUGUGGUUGACUUUAUAAAAAAAGAUAGCAAAGUUGCUAGAA